AUGUUUUUGAAGUUCUUCAGGAAGGACAAGAAGGAUAAGGAAAAAGAAAAAGAAAAGGAAAGGGAGAAGGAGAAGGAUGGGGAACGUCUGCGCGAUAAGGUCAACGAGAAGAGGGGUGUCAAUAACAACCACGGUAGUACAGCGACAGCAAGGCAAGACAAGGUGACAAAAGAUGAUUUUGAGAGUUUGGAUGUUCUGGGGAAAGGCUCUUUUGCCUACGUGGUUCUUGUGCGUCGCGUGGGCACGAAUGACUACUACGCCAUGAAAGUAGUAAAUAAGCAGGGACUGCUCGAUCACAACCGAUAUCGCGAUGUAUUUAUUGAGCGCAAUGUAUUGUCACGUCUCACUCACCCGUAUCUGCUAAAACUGUACUGGACAUUUCAGUCGGAGCAUAAGUUGUUCUUUGUCAUGGAAUAUAUGCCUGGGGGCGACCUUGACAAGUAUAUGAACAACCUUCCCUCAAAGCAGCUUGACAUUUUUACGGCGAAGCUUUACGGGGCCGAAAUUCUUUUUGCGUUAUUAUGCCUGCAUGAACACAGUGUCAUCUAUCGCGAUUUGAAGCCGGAGAACAUUCUUUUAUCAGGGGAUGGGCACUGCGUGUUGGCUGACUUUGGUCUUUCGAAGGAUUUCUACAACCCAAAGCAGGGUGGGGACGCAGCCGCUAACGACAUGCGAGCGAAUUCUUUUGUUGGUUCACCUUUUUAUGUUGCGCCGGAUGUACUGAAACAGAGUGAGUACACCAGCGCCGUAGAUUUCUGGUCGUUUGGUAUCCUGCUGUACCGUAUGAUUUGCGGCCGAACGCCAUUUAAUGGAAAGAGCAUGCGAGAGGUCUUUGACAAUAUUCUUUACUCGGAUCUGCGUUUCCCCAGCAGUGUUCAGAUUCCUGCGGAGGCGAAGGACUUGAUUGGCCGACUUCUCGUAAAGGACGCCAACCGCCGCAUCAAGGCCCCAGAGAUUAAGGCCCACCCCUUUUGGACCGGCCUCAACCUCGACGAUGUGAUGGAGAUGAAGGUGAAGCCGCCAAAGUGGACGCCGAUCCCGUCGGCGGCGCAACUGAUGGCGGAGAGGGCGAAUGCGGGGGGCGCUGCCGCCUCAGCUGAGAGCUCCGGACACGUUGUUAAUACGCCUGCGCAGUCAUCACAACUGAACACGCGGCAGCAGCAGCUUUUUACAGGGUUUUCAUGCACUGCGGAUAAUCACUUGAAUAAGAGUUAG